AAAUAAUUAUUUGUGAAUGAGGAAAUUGUUUUUUGUUUGAUUAUAGGUAUCAUGGUAAUGAAUACGAAAGACCGAUGAAUGCCAAUUUCAUCAUGUGGGAAGAGAAUGGUAGGACAGAUUUCUAUUAUAAUACGACAAUGGAGCAGGCUGGUUGUCUGCGUGAAGCACAGACCUGGAACGAAAUGUUAAAAACUUACAAUGGUAAUAUAAAAUUCAGAGACAAAGCCUGGGGUCCAGAGAACUAUAGGUCUUGCUUUGACACUCCUGGAUUGGUUAGAAAUAUGCAUAGGCCGUAUGAAAUUAUGAAUCUUUCAAGCAAUGUGUUCAUCACCUGGCCAACUGACCAUACUGGCAUUUAUCUUUUCACAGUGAAAGUAGUGGAUCCCAACUACAGUUUCUGUAAACUCACAACUCAAUUUGCUGUAGAAACCUAUGGAGUGUUGGUGAGGUAUGGCAUCAAUAACAAAAGUGAUAAUCUACAGUAA